GAUAAUUGUCAAUUGGUGAAUAACGAUGUUCUCCUACUAUAAACUAAGCUUAUUUACUUUAAUAAUCCCGGAAGUUUUACUCAAUCGUAUUUCUUUCGUCCCUAGUGAUGAAUUCGAAGAUUGUGGCAAUGGGAAACCGUUGGGAGCGGUCGACAUGAGUCAGCUGGAGAUUAUUCGCCGCGACGAAGACGGCAUGAUGUUUCUCAAUGGACAGUUCAAGUUUCUGGAGGAAUAUGAUAGUCCUAUUCGGAUUCAUUUUCGAACGAUGCGGCGAGAAAGAGGGCGUUGGAACAACGCCAUUGCUAGUCGAUUGAUUUUAGAUUUCUGUACUGCCAUGAAAGAUCCAAUGGAACCUUGGUACAACAUAUCCAGUGCCUUCAAAAACAACAAAUGUCCUUUCAAAGCUGGGUCCGUCGAAGAGUUCAAUAUGAAAGAACUCGGUCAAUUGGGGAAGCGAGUUCCGGUGAUGUUUGCGGGAGAAUGGAGGCUUUAUAUGGAAGUGUCUUCAAAACGAAACGGAGCCAUGGUAGAAGAAUGCUUACUGAUGCCAGUGAAUUUGGUUGAAUCAUUCCGAGGUUCACUGACUCCCAAGGCGCUAGAGAUACCGCGAUCUUCUUCCUCUUUCGCCCUCCAAAACAACAUCGCCAAAAGCCCACCACUUCAGCAGGAGCAGAAAUAUAAAAUGGGGCCUUCGCAAUAA